UUGGAGGUCCGAUGCAUGAUACUCUUUAUUAACCUCAGUCCUUCUACUUCAAGUUCCUUUCCCCUUCUUACCUGUCUUUCUGGGCAGAUCGAUUGUCGUCCAAGCGCGAAUAGUCGGAGCAGCUCGAUCCGUAACGUCCAUUCCGAUUCAACAUGUGGUCCCUCUUAGCACUCGCCGCGCUGGCCUCAGCACAAUCCAACGAUGAGAGAGUCCUUGGAGUCUACAUGUUCCAUCGACAUGGCGACAGAACACCAAAAGCCCUCGCCCCAACCAACCUCACCUCUCUCGGCUACAACCAAGUCUACUCCUCGGGCGAAUACUUCCGCUCCCGCUACAUCUCCUCUGCCUCUUUCUCAUCAUCCUCCUCAUCAAACAAUUCCACCCUCAUAACCUCCAUCUCCCCCAACAUCGUCUCCUACCAACAAGUCGUCGCCUCCGCCCCCUCCGAUACAGUCCUCCACAACUCCGCCCAAGGUUUCCUCCAAGGCCUGUAUCCACCUGUCGGUUCCUCCCUCGGCACUGAAACUCUCCGCAAUGGUUCGGAAAUCGAAGCACCUAUGAAUGGCUACCAACUCAUUCCGAUCAGUACUCCUUCGGGGUUUGGUUCGGCCGGUGCAGGAAGUGAAGAUGCGGGUUGGUUGCAGAGUACGAGUAACUGCGCUCAGGCGAAGAUUUCUUCGAAUGAGUAUUUUUCUUCGGAGGAGUAUGAGGCUCUGUUGGAGGAGACGAGGGAGUUUUAUGAGGGGUUGAGAGCGGCGGUGGAAGAGGUUGUUGGAGAAGGGAAUGUUGAGAAUGAGGUUGGGGAGUUGAGUUUUAAGAAUGCUUAUACGAUCUACGACCUCCUCUCCCUCUCCCUCGAACAAAACACCACCCUCUCCAACACAAGCACAAUCUCCUCUACCCUCGACACCUCAACUCUCGAACAACUCUCCUCCCUCGCCAACAUCCACGAAUGGAACCUCGCAUACAACACUUCUUCCCCCAUCCGCGCAGUCUCGGGUUCCAUCCUCGCCUCCCAAGCCCUCUCGUUCCUCCAAUCCACCAUCUCCUCCCAAGGCCAGAAGAACCUCCUCGGAAUCCAAUUCGGCGCCUACGCAACUUUCGCUUCAUUCUUCGGUCUCGCUCAAUUGGAGAACGUGAACGAGGAAUUCAAAGGUGUUGUGGGUUUCGCUAGUGCGAUGGUAUGGGAAAUGGUCACCAACUCGUCUUCUGAAGGCUUUCCAAGUUCGGAAGAUGAUAUCUAUAUUCGUUUCCGCUUCCAUAAUGGAACUACGACUUCUGAUGAUGAGCUCCUUACGUACCCGCUUUUUGGUUCGGGAGAAGAUGUUGUGCCUUGGAAUGAGUUUGUUGAGGGGAUGCAGAAGAUUAGUAUUGGGAGUACGGAACAGUGGUGUACGGCUUGCGGGAACUUUACGGGAGAGUGUGCGGCUUAUGGAGGUGAUGCGCAGGGUUCUGCUUCUGCUGCUGGGAGCGGAAGUGGAAACGGGAAUGGAUUGAGUCCGGCUGUGAAUGGAGUCAUUGGAGCGAUGGUGACUCUGGCUGUUGUGUUGGGGUUGGAAGCUUUGGUGCUCGCGCUUGGUGGAUUGAGAGUUGUCAAGAAGAGGGGAGCAGCGCAGGAGAAGGUUGAGGAGGUGAGCGAGGGUGAGAAGGCUUAAGGUGGUAGAAGAGAACUGGAAAUGAUCUGGACUGGAAUGUGAUGAAGUGAUAUGCAUGAGAUUUUCGGGACAGGUAAUGUGAAUAGUGUUAUGACACUUAUGAAAAUGAUGUACAGCUUUGACGAGCUUCUUGCCGAUGUAGUAUGCUGAUGAUUAUGAUUUAUUU